AUGCCUGGGGGUCCCCAAGCCCUGCAAAGCCUGCCUGCCACCAUCUUUCUCCUCCUGAUCUCCACUGCUGGCCUGGGCCCCGGGUGCCGGGCCCUGUGGGUGGAGCCGGGCCCACCCUCGGUGACGGUGAGCGUGGGGGAGCAGGUGCGCCUCCAGUGCCCGCACAACGGCAGCAGCAACACCAACGUCACGUGGUGGCACGUCCUCCAAGUCAACUCCUCGUGGCCCCCUGUGAUGUAUCCCGGGGCCCUGGGUCCCAAAGGGGAGCUGAUCAUCCAGCAAGUGAACAAGAGUCACCGGGGCAUGUAUCGGUGCCAAGUCAGCGAGGGCAAGAAGAUACAGCGCUCCUGCGGGACGUACCUCCGCGUGCGAGAGCCGCUCCCCAGGCCCUUCCUGGACAUGGGGGAGGGUACGAAGAACAACAUCAUCACCGCCGAGGGCAUCAUCCUCCUCGUCUGCGCCGUGGUGCCUGGGACGCUGCUGCUCUUCCGGAAACGAUGGCAGAACAUGAAAUUCGGGGCUGAUAUCCAGGAUGACUAUGAAGAUGAAAAUCUUUAUGAGGGCCUGAACCUGGAUGACUGUUCCAUGUAUGAAGACAUAUCCCGGGGCCUCCAGGGCACCUACCAGGAUGUGGGCAGCCUCCACAUCGGAGACGUUCAGCUGGAGAAGCCGUGA